AGCACCUAUUCAAAACGGCAAGAGCGAGCGCAUAAAGCCACACGUGAACGCCACGAGCAAGACACACGGCCACUGGGCAGUCCAAAGAAAACUUCUGUGUGGUGGUGUGCACUUUUAUUUCUCUUUAGGGACAUGGACAUCACUGCCAAGAUGGAAAUAAGCGUUAACCAGCAGCAGUACAUGCCACCUGCCUGCUUUUUCGCCGCCGCUUCCCAGAGCAUCCAGCUCAGUCCAACCGACAGCCAGUGUAGCAAUAAGUCCGCGUCCAAGCAGACGAAGAGGCAGCGCUCAUCCUCUCCGGAGCUGCUCCGCUGCAAGAGGAGGCUUAACUUCGCGGGCUUCGGGUACAGCUUGCCCCAGCAGCAGCCGCACGCUGUGGCCCGGCGCAACGAGCGAGAACGUAACCGGGUGAAACUAGUGAACAACGGCUUUGCAACUCUGCGCGAACACGUUCCCAACGGUGCCGCGAACAAGAAGAUGAGCAAAGUGGAGACGCUGCGCUCGGCCGUGGAGUACAUCCGUGCGCUCCAGCAGCUCCUGGAUGAGCAUGACGCCGUGAGCGCGGCAUUCCAGUCGGGCGUCCUGUCACCCACCAUCUCCCAGAACUACUCUAAUGACAUGAACUCUAUGGCUGGUUCGCCAGUGUCCUCUUACUCCUCGGAUGAGGGUUCCUACGACCCACUGAGUCCAGAAGAACAAGAGCUCCUGGACUUCACCAACUGGUUUUGAACAGCAGUGAAAGGAAACGUAAAAAUCGCAGCACUCGCUUGGGAGGCACUCGGAUAACCCCCGUCCUCCAAGAACACAAAGCACUGCGUUUGCGCUGCAGUCCGGUUCGGACAGACUCGUAUCCACACCCAGAGAUGGCCCAUAUAAGUCGGCAAACCGACAGCCACCGGCCCCGAGUGCAGUCAUAGAGCCAGAGCCAAAGGACUUAAAGGGAAGAGGGCACCCCUGGCAGCAUGGGACGUCCGGUCCUUCCAGCGCAUUCGCCCAAGAAAUCCAUUCUAAAAAAUGACUUUCCACGACAUUGUGGCAUAUAUAACAACAACAGUAAAUGUUGUCCUUUACCUAUGCUUAAGCUAAUCAAAGAAGGUUUGCCCUGUUAGACCCCUUUCACGUGUAACUCUAAUAUGCUUCCAACGUGGCGAAUUUAUUAUUAUAUAUUUUUAUAUAUUAAGCUAUUUUUGUAUGUAAGAGAUUUAUAGAUGUUUUUGUACACAUUCAUUUUAAUAAUGUAUAUAUUUUUGACCUAUAGCCUGCCGUAAAAUGCUCAUUACCUCUCGCUUAUUCAGACUUAUCAGAUGCAUCGCAAUUCCCUUUACGGUUGUGGAGGUUUUAGAGAAGUGUAUACUACUCAAGAGUUUAAAUUCCAACACCAACGUGUCUUAUUUAAUAGGAAUAACUAUUGCAUUUGUAAAAUGACUCGGAGUUCAUAUAUGCUCAUAUAGUUCAUAUAGUGAUCAAAGUUAUGCAGCUAUUGUCCAAACGGAGCACAACGGAUGUGUUUUGUGUCUCCUUACUGCCUGUUCAACUUUGCCUUUACAAU